AUGUCCUACUCCGAACCCGCCCCAAAAAGGCGACGGAUCACGGAGUCAAACUCCCUAUCGAUGCAUCCACAAGACCUACCAGGCUACAGUCCCGAAUCCGCGGAACCAUUCCACUCUCCUCUGAGCAGCAACAAUAGCAGGUACUACCAGGAUGGGUUUUCGCAUAAUCCGGGCUAUAUUGCCUCUCAGGAAGAGCUACGAAGUAUGCUCAUUAUGACUGCUCAGUCUGCUGCUCCAAGCCGACGGGGGAGUCCCUUGAAUGGCGAGGAGAUUGAGCCUGAGACAAUCCGGUUGCAGGCUGGAAGUGGUGUAGAUAGUAGAUGGGGUGCAAGAGCUUUUAGCCAAGGAAAUGAAGAGAUCCGCCAUUAUCAUCAGCGGUCGACAGAUUUAUCGGUGCUGGGCUCGGUUCAAGGAAAAGCAGAAGGACAAACCAUGUCCGGAUGGAAUCGCAGACGGAUCCAAUAUUUGAAGAAUUAUGUUGCUGAGGUUGCUCCUUGGUUAGAUAUGUUUGAUUCCCAAGCUACAUUCGGCAUUCAACUUCCCAACCUCGCGCGCAAUUUCCCGGGUCUACUAUAUGCCAUUCUCGCCAUUUCUGCUCGGCAGAUGGAACGCAAAGAAGGCAUACCGGACUCCUUUGAAAGUUUGGAGCUUUACCAGGAGGCGAUACGUCUGCUUAGUCCGCUGCUACAGGACCGCGACCCCAAAGUUAUCGGCGCUUGUGUGGUUCUGUGUUGUCUGGAGAUGAUGUCCGCUCGUGCGCAGGAUUGGCGCCGGCAUUUAGAGGGUUGUGCGGCGCUUUUUGAUGCGUUUAGCAUAAAUGGGUUUAGUCAAGGCUUGUUACAGGCUAUUUUUUGGUGCUAUGCACGGAUGGAUCUUUGCGGUGCUCUCAUGUCCGACGGUACACAGGGCACUUUGCUCCAACCAUCAAAGUGGCUUCCCGCAAACACUCGCGAGGAAGAUGUUACUCGUAUGUUUCGAGAUGCCAAGUCUCCCGACAUGUACGCAAAUUAUGCAGUGUACCUGUGCGCAAAAGCAUGCGAGAUUGUGUCACUUCGCACCAAGUUCCUUGAAUUAGGUGAAGACAACGGUUGUACGGGAGAAAUAUACCAUCAACGCUGGCUGAAGCUGUGGGAAGAGCUGCAAAACUGGCUUGCUUACCGACCCAGGGAGUUACUACCGGUGCAGACAGUCAAUUCCAAGCCUUUUCCGCAUAUCCUCUUUGUCCAUUGGGCAGCCAUCUCUUCCAAUCAGCUGUAUCACACAGCGUGCGUGCUCAUGCUUAAUAUGAAGCCGAAAGGGCUCAAGCUUCGAGCAAAUCCCGAGGUUACGACCCCAUUGUGGCACGCACGACGCAUUUGUGGUAUCUCUGUGACAAAUCCACAUGCCGGCUGUCUGAACAAUGCCAUUCAACCAUUAUGGAUUGCGGGAAGACUUUUCAGUCAUCAGUCCGAGCAUGCGCAGAUUAUUAGUCUGAUACGGAGCAUUGAAGCUGCCACAGGAUGGGGGGCUUGUUGGAGGAUCCGAGACUUGGAGAUAGCCUGGGGUUAUAAGGCGCAUCGGAUGGAUCGUCCUGAAAAACAAGUAGAAGAGUCGCUCACAACUCAUUAA